AUGGUCGGCUUCGCGACGAAGAAGCCUGAUCAGCGACUGAGGGCAAUCCAGGCUGGCAUUCAGGUCCUCGCAUAUGGCCAAUCCCGAUACGUCCCGGAUUUCGGACUAGACAUCAAGACAGGUUCUCUGCCCAUGGAGAUUCCUGCACGAAUGUUCAAUGUGCCAGAGCUCAGAUACGGAACAGGAUCGAAGCAACUGACUGUUCGACCGAGGGAUGGAGCUUGGAACAUGGUCGGCAAGAAAUUCUUUAAGCCUAUGCCUCUGGGGACUUGGAUCGUUGUGAUAUUCGUUCCACAGCACCGCUUCCGUCAAGAUGAAGUGAACAGAACUAUAUCUGAUCUGAUUCGAGGAUGCGAAGCUGUCGGCAUGACGGUGCAAGACAAGCGACCGAUAUGUGUCUACAAGAAUGCCCAAAGCGUAAUUAAUCAGUCUAUAUCUGAUGCCCUAUCGGAAGCUAGAACUAAGCACAAUACGGUGCCUACAUUCAUUCUUUGUAUUCUUCCUGACGGGAGCAACGCGGACUUGUAUACGGCAGUCAAAUUUCCUCACCAUUCGUGUUUACAGAGAGGCAUUGCCAAUCAGUGCCUGCGGGUCGGCAAAUGUAGAAAUGCCCAACCACAAUAUUGGGAAAAUGUUGCCCUGAAGAUUAACGUCAAGUUGGGCGGUAUAAAUGUAAUCCCAGAUCCGAGGUCUGCGUCUAUCAUUUCCGACCCUAGACAGCCAACAAUUAUCAUGGGCGCAGUCGUUAUGCACCCAGCACCAGGCAGUCAAUCACCCUCCUACGCGGCGGUGGUGGCAAAUAUUGACUCUGAUGGCGCACGAUACGUAUCGAGGACCACACUCCAGUUAGGGAGGCAGGAAAUGAUCGAAGAUCUGCAGACGAUGGCAAAGGAUCUGCUCAAGUCGCACAUAAACAAUCCAACUAAAGUAGGGGGGGCCAAGACACUGCCAAAACGAUUGAUAUUCUUUAGGGAUGGUGUGUCCAAAGGCGAAUUCAAGCGUGUUUUGGACCUGGAACUGCCUUUGCUUCGAGCUGCAUGCGUUGACGCUGAAAUCUCUCCACCUCCCAAAAUUACGUUCAUCAUUGUCGGGAAGCGUCACCAUAUGAGGUCCUUCCCAAAGAACGACAGGGACAAAGAUGCGAAGAGCGGUGACCUCCUCCCAGGUACUGUCAUCGAUCAAGCAAUUACCAGCCGGGUGGAAUUCGACUUCUACCUGCAAAGCCAUGGAGGACUUCUUGGUACCAGCAAGAGUUCGCAUUAUACUAGAACUCACGCUCUCUACAGCCCAGAUGCGAUACAAGCUCUGGCUUAUACUCUCUGUUUUACCUACGCCAGGUCGACGCGUUCAGUGUCCAUUCCCACGCCAGUCUACUAUGCCCAUAUUGUUUGUAGUAGGGCAAAGACACACUACGACCCCCAGGGCACUUCGUCGUCGAUCGUGUCAGGAGGGUCGCAAACCAGAGAAGAGACACUUGCCCAGCACAGAGGACAGUAUCAGGAGGUACAUAAUGCUCAGGCAAAGCGCAUGUAUUUCAUGGUGAAUAAUGCUUUGUUGUAG